AUGCACGCUUUCCUCACUGUCUGGUCCGAGAAUGAUGACGGCUCAUGGUCGAUCUUUUGCGAGAAUCAUCCGGUGAUGAAAUGCGGGAAGAUCUUGAUAAGCAAGAACAUUCUCUGUCGACAAGAGUUUCUCCAUACACAUGGUCCAUGGUGGUUGAAUCAAGUGGUUGAUCGAGAGGAUGAGGCUGGUCGAGUUGUUGUCUACAAUCGAACCACGAAAAACAUUUGGGUUAGU